AUUAUUAUUAUAUGAAAGUUGUGUCAAUUAAACACAACAAACAAAACAAAAAAAACUAAUCUAACCGUCGCUUUUCAAAGACAUUUAUGUUUUUAAAAAAACAUUUUUUGUUUGUUUGAAGACUAUUUAAAAAAAUAUUAAUUGUUAUAACAUUUGUUGACUUUUUUUGUUUGUUUGUUUGAUUGUUAUUUUUAAAAAAAGACAUUGAAUUGUUUUAUAUAGUUAUAUGGUUUUCAAUGGCUGUAUAAUAAUAUGUGCAACAAGUGAUACAUAAAUUUGAAGCCAGAAAUUAUAAAUUACAUUACAUUACAAAUCGCCUUAUAAUAUAUAUAAACAAGAAUGGAGACUAAUAUAACAUUAUGGCAAUUCUUGUUGGAGCUAUUGUUAAAUAAUCAGUACAAAAACAUCAUAACGUGGACCAACACGGAUGGCGAGUUCAAACUGGUCAAUGCCGAAGAAGUGGCCCGACUAUGGGGUCUACGAAAAAAUAAACAUAAUAUGAAUUACGAUAAACUUAGUCGAGCUCUUCGGUAUUAUUACGACAAAAAUAUCAUUAAGAAAGUAUUGGGCCAAAAGUUUGUCUACCGAUUUGUAGCCUUUCCCGAGAUAAUCAAAACCGAAAAUCGGGUGCCUUUCCAUACAAAGCUCGAAAGUUUAGCUAAUCUAAGCGCACAGUCAUCGGCGGCGGCGGCAGUGGUGACCACAACAUCGGCUGCGGCGGCUGCAGCAGCAGCGGCCAACAUGGGUUCAACAUUGUUGGCACUAUCGCCUAACCAUAUACAUCAUCAUCAUCACCAUCAGCAGCAGCAGCAGCAUCUUCAUCAACAACAACAACAACAACACAAUCAUCAUCAGUCUAACGCACAGCAACAGCAUAUACUGUCGUCAUCUAUGGAACCGACAGACCUGUCCUGUAAAAGCAGUUCCAAUAAUAAUAAUAAUAAUAAUAACGAUAUAAUUAAUUGUAGUAUUAAUCAUAAAACAAAUAUCAAUAAUAAUAAUAAGAAAAGAUGUUUAGAAAACGAUUCGGAGUCUCUGUGCUCGGAAACCGGUGUAUCGGACAGCGACUCGACAUCAGUGGUCAGCAGCGCCAACGGCAACACCAAUCCGAUUCACAAACGACUAAAACCGUUGCGACCGCUGUCGCGGCCAUCGUCGCGAUCUCCGUCGCCAUCGAAUCGUUCGACAACAUCGUCGCCGGCGUCGGCCGAAAGCUCGACCUCAUCGCACGGCUGUUCGCCAGUUAACCUGUCGUCCAAUAGCGGCAGUAAUGGCGGUUCGAAAGCAAAAUCGAUGACCAAAUUCAAGCCUAAACCGCCGCCAAUUAUCGGCCUACCCAUGAGUCCAACCCGAUUCAGUCACGCGUUCGCACAAUCACUUCAGACACCGAUAGUAACGUUUGCCAGUCCUUUCUUAGGCAAGGCUACACCGGCGGCAAUGUUGCCGAAUGCCUUCAGUUUCUGGAACUCAUUAAGUCCGCUGAUGCUAAGUCCCCGAUACAACCCGAAUGGCACACAUUUCCAGUUUCCAGUGGGACAUCCCGGCGCCAAUCCGGCGACGCCAACCAAUUUCGGACUAUCACUGUCGCCACUGUUUGCUGGUCCGCCUUAUUCGCCAUUUGAUCCACAAUUGUUGUUCAGUCCGUCAUCUAAAUCGAUAUCUGUGUUACAAUAAACAAACAAAAAAAAAUAUGACUGAAUUGAUUGAUUGAUUGAUUGAUGAGCUAACCUAACUGUGCGAUUAACAAACAAACAAACAAAAAAUUUGGUUCAAUUAUUCUGAAUAUUUAUAAUAU